GGAAGAAGAUGAUGGCUCUGCAGGUUCCAAAAUGAUACGUACGUCUGCCAGCACAAGCGGAAAACUGAUACUAGCGGCGCAGGAAAUCGUCGACGACUGCGCCGCGCCGCCCGGUGCGACUCGUCUCGCCGCAGGUCCAUAAAACCCCCACGCGCGCGACAGAGACGCCGGCCAGCAGCACAAGGCUUGCUCGUUAACGAUGCCGAGUGCCAUGCCCAUGGCGGCCUCGAAACUGGCCGUGCCCAAGGGCCUCGGCGCCGCGGAAGACGCCGCGGCCGCCAAGAAUAAGCCCAGGUGGGGUUUCGUCCAGUUCUUCUUCGUGCUCUCCGUCGUCCUCUGCGUGCUCCUCUACGCGCCGCGCGUCUUCGUCCUCGCUCCGCGCGGCGGCAUCGACGUCGUCGGCUUCUUCACGCCGAAUUCGUCAUCCAAGGGGACGCUGUCGUCGUCGUCGAGCGGAUCGCCGGUGCCGCAGCAGCCCGUCGGCGGCACUGCGGGAGACGACGGUGGCCGUGUGGUGCUUGACAACCAGGUGGACUCCCCGUGCUCGUCCAUGCGCGACCACACCAUCUGCUGCGACCGCUCGAGCGUCCACACCGACGUCUGCUUCAUGGCCGGCGACGUGCGCACGGACGCCGCGUCCCUGUCGCUGCUGCUGUUCCCGCCGCGCGACCACCAGCAGCACCAGGCGCCGCCGAACGGCUCGUCGUCGACGGAGGAGAGGGUGCGGCCCUACCCGCGCAAGUGGGAGCGCCUGAUCAUGGCCAAGGUCCCGGAGGUGCGGCUCCGGGUGGCGCGGCCGGAGGAGGAUGCGGCGGCGGAGCACCGGUGCGACGUCCGUCACGACGCGCCGCUCCUCGUCAUGUCCGCGGGGGGCUACACCGGCAACCUGUUCCACGCGUUCAACGACGGGUUCCUGCCGUCGUGGCUGACGGCGCAGCACCUCCGGCGGCGCGUCGUGCUGGGCGUGCUGUCGUACAACCCGUGGUGGGCUGGCACGUUCGGCGAGAUCAUCUCCGGGCUGUCGGAGCACCGCGUGGUGGACCUGGCCCACGACAAGCGGACGCAUUGCUUCCCCGGCGCCAUCGUGGGCACCCGCUUCCACGGCGUGCUCGUCGUCGACCCCGCCAGGCUCCGGGACAACAAGACCAUCGUCGACUUCCACCAGCUCCUGGCCGACGCCUACGAGACGAAGCAGCAUGGGCGCCGGAGCACCAGCAGCAGCAGACGACGACGACCAAGGCUCGGGAUCGUGUCGCGCAAGGGGACGCGCGUGAUCGAGAACCAGGCGGCGGUGGCGCGGCUGGCGUCGUCGAUCGGGUUCGACGUGGACGUGUUGGAGACGGCCACCGGGCUGCCGCUGUCGGCGUGGUACGCGUCGGUGAGCGCGUGCGACACGCUGGUGGGCGUGCACGGUGCGGACCUGACCAAGUUCCUGUUCCUGCGCCCCGGGCGCGCGUCGCUGGCCCAGAUCGCGCCGCUGGGCGUGUCCGCGAUCGCGCGGGACUGCUUCGGCGGGCCGGCGGCGAGGAUGGGGGUGGCGUACGAGCAGUACGAUGUGGGCGCGGAGGAGAGCUCGCUGGCGCGCAGGUACGCGGCGGGCGACGUGGUGGUGGCGGACCCGGAGCGGGCGAAGCGGGACAAGGGCGGCUGGGGCCUGGUGGCGCGCGUGUACCUGGGCGGGCAGAACGUGAGCCUGGACCUGAGCAGGUUCGGCGAGACGCUGGGCAGGCUGCACUCGCACGCCCUGCUGCAGCGGCGGCGACAUGUACAGGAGUUGUAGUUAGCAGGCAGGCUGCAGCGGUAAUGAUGUGACAUUGCUAGCUGUUCCGGUGGGGCUGGAGCCUGGAGCGCCGGCGGCGAGCACUAGCGGUAGCGGAGGUUGGGGAUCAGCAGUACGUGUCGUCUCGUCAGCAACGACGCCUUGGAAGGAACGAAGCAGUUAAGUGUUGGGAUACGCAGACCACCGUGCAUUGUGGACGAUUCCUGUGAGCAAGAGUCCAGGGUGAAUUACAUGUAUACUGUACUAUGCGGAUGACUAGCGUGCAAUGCAUUGCCUGCACGCAAGCAAACACUUGUGAACACUAUGCUGACUA